AUGCAAUCUCCCAAGGUCGAGGGGCUCGAUUUGUCUUGGGCCUUGGCGGUCAAGCUCGGUGGGUCCCUGGGCGAACUUAACUGUCCCAACCCAGCCGGGCAUCUGUUUAACGAUCGUCACGGCUCCCGCUCCCAGAAGGCUCAAGUCACAUCUUCCCUGUACACGCCGGCCAGCAAGGCUUUUAGUUCAGAAUGCGCCCUGCGGCGCCAGGGCUUUUGCCGCCUGGGCCGAAUGUGCUGCGACGGCGAGGGGACAUCUCACGCCUCCUUGUCUUCUGACACAGAUCGGGCGCUCAGGCCUCCUAUGGAGGCCUGUGUAAGCAGUUUGAGUCGAGAGAGACGACGCUUCCAAGCAGAUAGAACAAGGGAAGCUAGAGAAGGAGGGAGGGGGAUUGGUGCUAGGCCCCUCACCCUCCCGGUGUCUCGCCGCCCUUCCUCUCCCCCCCCCUUCUGUCAGGUCGAGGCAUGGACGAGCCCAGGUAUACCUACCGGCUCUAGUCCAACAGACCUUUCCCCUUCUUCGACAGCCGGCCUCAUCGGCGGGGAUACCGCCUGGCUGUAUCCCCAAGCACGUGUGGGGCUUCAGCCCUGCGCCCGGCUGUCAAAGGAACUACGAGCUGCAGCUCCAUGGACACCGGUGAACUCUGGGCUGCGCCCUACCGUACACCUAACAUGGACACACUAUAACUCCUGCUGCGCUCCCGUCACCGUUCCAGAAAACAGACAGGAUUUUACUCGCUUGAACUUUUCUCCACUUGACUCCAAAGCCUCAUGUUGGCCUCCAAAUAUGUUAUACGUGCCCCAUCACACAAUUCGAUGGAGCAGACAAGUUUUAGAUGAACGCGCCACAGUUCAAAAGCCCGGAACCUACCGGAAGAUUGUUGCGGUAGCACGCCGUGGAAGGUCACCCUCAUCCAACAAUCUUGUCUCCUCCAUCAAAGCAAAUACCUCGACUGAUCAUCCAUCAUCCUCUUCGGCCAAAAUGCGAUUCGCAACCUUGUUCCAAUGCCUGGUGGUCGCCUUGAUCCAGGGUGAAAGUGCUUUCGCUCGAUCCGACACUUGCCCGACUGGACGAGUCAAGAUGUGUGAGGAACAAAGUGGUACCAAGUUCAUUUUAUCCAGUGCCAACAAUAAUAUCUGCCCAGAAGCAGCACAAAUCAAAUGCUGCUCGUACGAUAACCCGGGAACCUUUAAUUCGCAAAAAGAAUUGGACAACGAGUGCAAAUCAGUCUGA